CGGAUUUCCGUCUGUUCUUUUUAACUGACUUGACGUCGCCACUAUAACUUCGGUGUCUUCCUGAACUUUUCUAACGUUUCCGUUUAUUUCCAUUGGACGUGUGAAUUAAGUCAGUAUGGGUGCUUGUUUGGCAGUGAGUUCCCUCGCUAGUUGUGCGUCCUGUUUGUGCGGCUCAGCCCCCUGCCUCCUGUCAUCAUGCUGCCCUUCAACGUACAACUCCACCAUGAGCCGGCUGGCCUUCUCCUUCCUGCUGCUGCUUGGGACUCUGGUGUCUGUUGUUAUGAUUCUCCCAGGCAUGGAGGAACAUCUUAAAAAGAUCCCAGGUUUCUGCAUGGGUGGCACAGCCAUACCUGGCAUAGAGAACAAGGUAAACUGUGACAUCAUCGUGGGCUACAAGUCAGUGUACCGCAUGUGCUUUGCCAUGGCCUGCUUCUUCUUCCUCUUUUUCAUCAUCAUGAUCCGAGUGCGCAAUCAUGACCCCCGAGCUGCCAUCCAAAAUGGUUUCUGGUUCUUCAAGUUCCUGGUGCUGGUUGGCAUAACCGUGGGAGCUUUCUUCAUCCCAGAUGGCUCCUUUAAUACAGUGUGGCAUUACUUCGGUAUGGUGUGCUCUUUCAUCUUCAUCAUCAUCCAGCUCAUCCUGCUGGUGGACUUCGCACAUUCCUGGAACCAGUCUUGGCUGGAGAAGGCAGAGAACGGAAACUCCAAGUUCUGGUUUGCAGCUUUGCUGUCUUUCACCUUCCUCCUCUAUGCCUUUGCCUUCACUGCUGUCGUGCUCUUCUACGUGUUUUACACCCAACCGGACAAUUGCACGGAGCACAAGGUCUUCAUCAGCCUCAACUUCAUAUUCUGCAUCAUUGUGUCCAUCGUGGCCAUUCUUCCUAAAGUUCAGGAGGCUCAGCCCAGCUCAGGCCUGCUCCAGGCCUCUCUCAUCUCCCUCUACACCAUGUACAUCACCUGGUCAGCCAUGACCAACAACCCCAACCGGCAGUGCAACCCUAGUCUGUUGAGUUUGGUCCAGCCCAGCAGUGCAACUCCACCCCCAGGGCCUGCUCUUCCUACCCCAGCCCCCGGAAAUGUCCAGUGGUGGGACGCACAAGGCACCGUGGGAUUGAUCAUUUUCUUGUUCUGUACUUUUUAUGCCAGUAUCCGCUCCUCCAAUAAUGCCCAGGUGAACAAGCUAAUGCAGACUGAGGAGGGCCACGGUCUGACCACCAGCGACGACGGCGCCAUGGGGGAGGACGGAGUCCGACGGGCGGUGGACAAUGAAGAAGAGGGAGUCACCUACAACUACUCCUUCUUCCACUUCAGCCUCUUUCUGGCCUCUCUCUACAUCAUGAUGACCCUCACAAACUGGUACAAGCCGGACAGCGACUACCAGGCCAUGCAGACCACCAUGCCGGCCGUCUGGGUGAAGAUUGGCUCUAGCUGGCUUGGCUUGGCCCUCUACCUGUGGACCCUGGUGGCCCCGCUGGUGCUCCCUGACAGAGAAUUCAGCUAAAAACAUUGAAGUCUGUCAGCAUUGGUUGAUAGCCUUUUGCUACCUGCACCUUGAGGAAAGUUAGCUUUAGCUUCAACUAUUUCUUCUCUACUGUUUGAUUUGCUCAAAACUCCACAUUUAAAAGUGGAAAUUGAAAUUGUUAUAUGCUUUUGUUUUUACCUUAAGCCAUUGCACAUGUUACCUAAGAGUUGAUUUUUGUGGCUCAAGCUGAAUGUUCAGUUUUGCAGAGUCUGAUUUUAGCUUAAAUCACAUAGUCCAGUUUUUCGCCUCAGGUUAUUUUUCUAUUUUUCUUCCACUGUUACAAAAUAUUAGAAUUGAGAGCACUACAUGCCUUUAUAGAAUAAGACCAAAUGAUUUUGAUGAAAUUGAUGUUUUGGCUUUAUUUCACUACAUUUACGUUGCCUUUGUACUUUUUUUUUUUUUUUUGUAAUUGUUCCCUUUAAAUCAGUUUAAGUUUAUGGAUAGGUGCUUUCCAAAUUUCUGAGAUAUAGUUUUGCUUGUUCUGCAUUUUUAUUGCACAGCUUUGUUCUAGUGCCCCAUUUCAUAACAAGAGGGCUUUAUUAUAUUUUGCAUACAAGCUAUUUGGAGGGACCAUUUUUGAUAUCUUUAAAAGUUUUUUAUGAAAUUCAGUUUUCAGUGUAAAGUUUCUUCCUCAACAUAUGUUCACUUUUCAUUAUAAUCAAUAAAGUUGACGUUCUGUUUAAUGUCUUUAGAGUUAGGCAGUAGUUCUGUCCAGUAGGUGGGGCUGUUGUCCAUCAAAUUAGACUGUUUCAAUUGGGGAGAAAUGCCAGAUUUCAUUAUAUACAAUUGAUUCUGACAUAUGAGGUGUAAGAUUUCUAAACAUGUAUAGUGGCUUGUUCUUUUAAUACAUAAUACCUUGUGAAUUGGUCUGUAUUAUUCAGAAACAGCGAACAAAAUGUCAUCAAGUCUGGUCAGCAGGUAUUUCCAAAUGCUUCACUGCCCUCCCUCUGUUAAUCACAUGAUCCUACUAAAUGUGAUUUAUUGUGUUCCUACUACGCAGGAUUCCCUGGUGCCAGACACACACACACUUGGCAAGUAAUGUAGAGGGAAUGUGCUUGCCGCUAUCACAAGAUCAGCAUGAGCAGAGGGGCUGAACACAGCACUUCAUUAUACUUAACAAUAUUCAUUCAAGGCUUGUGUUGGGGUAGAACGACAAAUGAUCGGUCUCUAAAGUUGUGCUUGGACAUCUGGUAGCAUAUCCCAUACAUUACACCCGCAACAUUACUGUGCACACUUUUACCCACGCAGUAACAAUAUCCUAUUUUCUCACACGCAUUUGAGGUCUCCAAGCCUAAGGCAAAAAUAACUCUGGUUAAUUUUUCAGAUUUACGCUUUAGAGUCAGCUUGAUAACCAUUCGGAACUGCUGUAUCAUUUCACUUCAUUGGUCAGUCUGUCAUUCUCUUCUUCUUCCGUUGGCUGUUUAGGAGGGUUAUUUGGCCCUAACUGAUGAGCAGGUUGCUACGUUUUUUUUGUCUCUUCGGUCAAAGAAAUACUCAGAUUCAAGAGUUCUUAGCCUUCUUUUAACUUCAAACUUUUAGUCUUCAGCACCAAUCAAUGCUGACUCAAGCGACAUCACUUGAGGCAAUUUAUCAGAUUUUGCCCAGCCUCCUCUGGAACCACAAAAGGCUUUUUACAGCUUUUUUCACAUAUGCAGUAGAACUCCCCCCAACACCUGGUAACAGACUUUGAUGUGUCAAAUUGUUGAAUUCCCCUUUAAUAUACCUACAAAUCUCUGAUUGGUUCAGCUGUUUUUCCAACUGGAAACAGCAGUCAGUGACAAACUCCAGACCUAUUUGAGUUACUGAAAAGGGCAAGGCUCGGUUGGAAAAAAGGUGAUGUCACAUACAUCUGUGCACCGAUUUAAAAUUGAACAGCAUCUGACUUGGGAUCUGCAUAUUAGGAAGCAUUCAGAGACAGUUUUCCCUCUAUGCUGUUAACAUAUAGAAAAUCAAGCAGGUAAUUUAGCACAGUGACCAGUUGUGUCAGGAAUCCAACGCUGGUCCAGUUCAUCUCUGGAAAUUCAGCCUGACCAUGCCUGUAACACUUGGCUUUUUAGUUGCUAAUGAUAUUAUAUGUUGGGACAAUGGCAAUCCUGCUGCACCUUGAGACUAUCUCUACACAGUCAGGCCACCUAUAAACAGUAUAUUCCUGGCUAAGGUUGUGAUUUGUCCCACAUUGUUAUGGGUGACACUGAGAGUGGUAGUCCCUGCGAGCGGCCUAAUGCUGUUAUAUAAUUCAGAAUGAGUCUCUGACCAGUUGCAUAAGACAGUUAUUGGGGGCUCAUCACGCUUCUCUGCCUGUUGUGGUUUGGAAGGCCGGGCCCUGCUCUAGGGGACCCUCACUGUCAUCAUCCUCUUCACCAUCAUCAACAGCAACCACACCUCUCCUCCCCGGAGCGGUUCAAAGCACCUGGCAACCCAGGUGGAAAAACAAGCUAAAUGGAGCCCUGACACAUGAAGGUUUUUAAUGGUUGGCCCCAGUAGUCUUCAUUAGACAACUGUAUGAAGAUCCUGUCACAUUUGUUAUCACAGGUUUAAUUGUGCGAGGACAAAAGUAAUGUCAGGAUACACCCCAUAGUCCUGGAAAAUUAUGACAGUGUGUUCAGAUAUUAG